CUCUUUUUACUCCCCCAAAAUUGUGGUUGACAUCAAAUCUCCUUCUCUACAUACUCUCUUGGCACCACUUCCAAAAAUGGCAACAUAAAUCAUAUCAUUGCUACAAUUUCUUCACUCACCAAACUCUCCAUUAUUUGAACACACGUUCUCUCUAUCCUUCACAAAACUAUCUUACAAUAUAAACCCUAUACCAUUUCUAAGCUUUUCUCAUUUUUUUUUCUCAAUUUUCAUGUACAUAAGCAUUGCUUAAUGUGCAACCAAAGAUAAUAAUUCACCUAGCUUUACAUAUUGAGUUUCCCAUUUUGUUAUUAUUAGAAAGUUGAGUACUUGAGUGUGGAUCUAGAAUUAUUAUUGAUGCUUGCAGUACUGUCACCAUUGAGGAACACUACCAAAGAUGGAAGCCAAGAAGAGAUGGAGAGUUUUUCAAUGGGGAGUACUACAAUUACAACUGGUGACUUUGGCGACCUUUCCGAAGGAAAUUUAUUGGAAAGCAUCAACUUCGACGACUUCUUUGUUGGCAUCAACGUGGAUGGAGACAUCUUGCCGGAUUUGGAGAUGGAUCCAGAGAUGUUUGCUGAGUUCUCCGUUAGCGCUAACGGCGAGGAAUCAGAGAUGAAUUCGUCGGCGUCAUUGGAGAACAACAGCAAAGUAGAAGAGAAGAAUUCAAAGAAAGAUUAUGAGGAUAAAACAAGUUGUUCGGGUCAAGGCUCGGAAGAGAUAGCGAGUAAAAGAGAUGAAUCUGUGGUUGUGAAUCCAUUGUUAAAAGAUGCAGGUGGAAAAGGAAGGAAAUCAUCGAGUAAAUCUAAGUAUCCUCAAGGGAAGAGAAAAGUCAAGGUGGAUUGGACACCAGAAUUGCAUAGGAGAUUUGUGCAAGCUGUGGAACAACUAGGGGUGGAUAAGGCGGUGCCUUCAAGGAUUUUAGAGAUUAUGGGAAUUGAUAGUCUCACUCGUCAUAACAUUGCAAGUCACCUUCAGAAAUAUAGGUCACAUAGAAAACAUUUGCUAGCACGUGAAGCAGAAGCAGCAAGUUGGAAUCAAAGGAGACAAGUAUAUGGUGGUCUAGGGGUGAAAAGAGAAGUGAUCAGUCCAUGGCCAGCUGCACCCACCAUGGCUUUCCCCCCUCAUCCUCCUCCUCCUCCUCCUAUGGUACCAUUGCACCAUUUUAGACCCUUACAUGUAUGGGGACAUCCUUCAAAUAUGGACCAGUCUUUUAUGCACAUGUGGCCUACGCUGCAACCGCUGUCAUGGACACCAUCGCCAGAUCCUCCACCACCUCAAGACCCUUCAUUUUGGCAUGCUCACCACCAACAGACUCCAACAACCGCAAUAAUCCGGGCAGGAACACAUUGUUUCCCACCACCUCUGACAACAGUGAGACCAUCAUUUGGAUGUCCAAUCCCCGGCCAUGGCAUGUGUAAAGCAGAUCACGGCAUUAGCACCCCUCCUGCUCCCGGUCACUUCUUCGACUUACAACCGGUACUAAAUUUCCUUCGCCAUACAUACAUACAUACUUCGAUGAGAGACGAUAAGGUCAAAGGAGAGCAUAGACGCAGCUAUUGGAGAUGUUAUAUCAAAACCAUGGUUACCACUACCACUUGGACUCAAAGCUCCAGCACUUGAUAGCGUAAUGGGUGAACUACAAAGACAAGGAAUUUCAAACAUACCACCCUCAUCAUGCACUUGAAGAAAACUAAUUAAUCCUUUACCGGGGAGCUAGCUAGGUUUCAAUAAAUCCUAAUUCGACGAUUUCUCAUCCAUUAGAUGUUGCAUCUAAUCUUAGAAUGUGAGUGAUUCAUAUUGUAAUUCUUGCUUUUAACAGCCAAAUGAAAAAGAAAAAAAAAUUGAAAUUGCCAUGCGCUAAUGCUUGAGCAUUAAGCCAUUUUGUAUAUAUGUACGAUUGGUAUAGUAUGGGAUUAGUAAAUAAAAUGGGGACUCUUAAUAAA